UUUCAAAAUGGGACCCCGGCGCCAAUAUAUAUAAUACUGACCGACUGACCGUCCUUCUAUAACAAGUCUAUAUUCGUUGUUUUACAUGUCCAAUAGUAAAUAUAACCAAAAAUUUUGUUAUAGGUUUAGGCGUAUAGCUUAUCGCCUGCUAGCACUUGUUUAAGCUGUAGUUAGUCGACAUUUUAAGAAUGUUUAUGUAUUUGAUUUAGAUUAUACUUUCGGUAUGCAUGUCAUUCGAAUAAACGUAAAAAAUGUAGCUUUUAUUAUUUUGGCAAUUUUGUCAACAACUAUUCGACAAGUUUAUACUGGUCAUGGUUCUGGCCAUGGUGAAAGCGUAUUAAACUAUGCAGUCACUAGCAAUUCAACUCCAGCUUUUGGAAGCAGAAAAGAUGAUAUACUUUUAAGUCUAUGUGAGCCUGGGUCUUUAUGUUCGGAGCUCAGUGUUGAAUGCCUAUCAUGUACUCUCAAUCAAAAUUGCAUCUAUGGUUCAUCUUACACGGCUAAUUGUACUGUUAAAAGCCAAGUCGAUUGUGUGGGUGAUACUAAUUUUGUUAAAACUUAUAUUUGCCGUUACUGUUAUCAAACUGAAGCUUGGGAACACAACUGUUAUCAAAAAAAUUCAUGCAGUUCUGUUUCAUCUCCACAACAAUAUUAUCGCUCAAAUUGUACCGUAAAAAGUGAUAUUUUAUGCUUGGGUAGACGAAAGUUUUUGAAAAAUUUACCUUGCAACUGGACUGGAGGCUACAAAUGGUCCACAGCACUCAUUUUAAGUAUAACUCUUGGAGGCUUUGGAGCUGAUAGAUUUUACUUGGGACAUUGGCAAGAAGGCAUAGGAAAAUUAUUCAGUUUUGGUGGACUUGGAGUGUGGACAUUGAUCGAUGUAAUGCUUAUUUCAAUGCGAUACUUAGGUCCGGCUGAUGGCUCCCUGUACAUAUAACUCUAGAUAUAUUGUGUUAGGAUAUAAAACACUGGAUUACUAUUUAAUAUUUAUUAACAUAAAGCAAACAUUUUUAUUCCAAUUUAAACCUGACUAAUUAAAGUUAUCUCGGAUCUAAUUAUAAUUAUUAGGUAAUAUUUAUUACAAUAUUUGUUGUUGAACAAAAUUUGUUAAAACUUCAUAGAUGUUUGAAUAAAUUUUUUAUUUUUUAGAAAAAAAUUCUCAAACAAAA